AUGAACGUGUGCCUGCCUCCGUCCCUGCUUUUGCUGCUGCUGGUGUGGUUGAGCGUGACGGGCCAUGGGACGGCGCGGCCUCCGUGGCCUUCCGGUUCCGGAAGCGGCAACACCGACCGGUCUCAACGGCCCCAGGGUCGGAACCAGCCCUGCCACGAUGGACAUGGACGCGAACAACGCGCCAGGCUGCGCAGGGUCCUACUGGCCAAUGGCACGGCCGUCUGCAAUGACGGGUCGCCCGCUGGGUACUACAUCCGGAAAAGACCUGGAAAUCGGCGUUGGAUCCUCUUCCUUGAAGGGGGCUGGCACUGCUACGACGAUAAAAGCUGCGCGGGGCGCUGGAUGCGCACACGGCAACUGAUGUCAUCACUACAGUGGCCAGAUAGCCGCCAGGUCGGUGGUAUACUGUCAGCAAACAGAGAAGAAAACCAAUAUUGGUGGAACGCAAACCACGUGUUGGUACCUUACUGUUCCAGCGAUGCAUGGAGCGGAGCGACGAACGGGAAAAACUCAGCUGGCUAUGCCUUUAUGGGGUCUCUCAUUCUGCAGUCUGUCGUCCGCGAAUUGCUUGGCCGAGGACUUUAUGAAGGCAAAUUGCUGCUGCUCGCCGGAAGCAGUGCUGGUGGUGCAGGCGUUUUGCUGAACGUGGACAGGAUUGCCGAUCUGCUGGCGUCCCUCGGCUCAAAAGUCAAAGUCCGCGGUGUGGUAGACUCAGGAUGGUUUCUAGAUAACGAUCCCUUCGAAGCAAGGGAAUGCCUGGAACCUUACUCUUGUGCACCUGUGGAAACUAUCAAGCGUGGCAUCAGGUUGUGGAACGGCCAAGUUCCGGACCGUUGUAAGCCACUAUACUCUGAUUAUGAACAAUGGAGAUGCUAUUUUGGCUACAGGAUAUAUCCCACUUUAAAAGCACCAACAUUUGUAUUUCAGUGGGUGUUUGACGAAGCACAGAUGGCUGUCAAUAAUGUCGCUGCCCCUUCAAGCAAGGCCCACUGGGACUACAUUCACGCCUUAGGCAGCAAGCUUCGUAGCACUCUCAUGAACGUGACGGCUCUAUUCGCACCAUCUUGUAUUUCACACGAGAUUCUCACUAAAAGAAACUGGCAGGCGAUCGAAAUCUGCGGAAUAUCUCUGCCUCAGGCCCUGCGCUGCUGGGAACUACAAAAACACGAACACAAUCACCACGAGCACCACUCGAACCACAACCUUUACGACCGGCUCCCAGCUAGGGAGAACGAGACGAGCUUUCCACACAGAAUGUUUGCAGACAUAUCUGCGACAGUGAUGACAAACGGCCAUGCACAAAAAACUAAAACACGACGUCGAAAGAUGAAGACAAGACGAAAGAAUUGCAGGCACAAUAGAAAGGGCUUGAAAAAAGCAAGGAAAGGAGAAUACUCAGCCACGUCGGCGCCUUUGAGGCCCGAGGAGCCAAGGCGUCGGUCUCGCGAGCGACCCGGCAGCCGGCACGCCCAGCACCGUUGGCGGCUGCACGAAGACCUCUGUCAGCACUGGCUCAUGGACAGCUGCGCGUGGCCACAGUGCAAUCGCCGCUGCCCACGCAUGUUGGACCCAAUGACCGGCCGUGAGCUACGAUUCUCCGACCUUCUGCGCUCAUUCGGCCUCGACGUGGCCGCCGUCGCCGCCGCGCUGGGACUCGACCAGGCGGCUCUGGCAGCCAUGGAGCCGGACGCCCUUCUGCACGCCGAUUGAUCACGCGCACCAACCGGAAGGGGCCGUGCUCUAGGACCGUAGCUAGUGCAGCGCUUUUCAAAAGCACGGAGCUGGUGUGCACCAGAAAGCCAUUUCCCAGUGUACAAAAGGGCGCUGACUGAAGACAGCUUGCUUCUGAGCAUGCACUGCGAAAACAGGUUGGCAAUCGCUGUUCGCACGUUUCACUGCGCAAUCAAUGUGUGCGAAAAGAUUGGCAGUGCCACUGAUCACAUGGCGUGCAUAUUAAGGCCCUUCGUUUGGUAUCGUUUGGUAUCGUUAAACCCACAGCGGGGAGCGGAGUCAUUGGAAAGGGGCACAUAUGCUGUGUUGCGCACAUAGAUAGGCGCCAGCAGCGGCGACACGGUGAUCUGUCAGCGCAUGCUCGGAACAAGCGAUCUUGGCCUAACCAGCCUCUGGUAAACAGUGCACGAGCAGUUACCAGAGCAGCCUCUCUUGCGCUAUGAACGAAGGCGACAGAGGCUGUGCUGAGGGCUGGUCAUUUACGAUAUGGCGGAUUAUUUUCCGGCUUCCGGUGUUAAUUGUUAGAGCCGUGCCAGAUCGUCAGGAGGCCUGCCGGUUUGAUGGUCGUUUGGAGUUUUGCUAAUGGUGUUGCGGCUUUUGUUUGACGGAUUGGCGUGGGAGAACUGUGAUGGUGCGUCUGGAAGACAAGCAACAUCGCGCUUCUCGCGGUUUCUGAGCUGCGUCAAGAGCGUUAAGUGGCUUGCGAGCGCCAAGUGGGUCUGAUUGACUGACCGACCUGCGUUCAUGUUGGAAAGACGCAAUAGGUAUGGCUACAAAGGGCAGCCGACUUCCAUAGACUUUCGUGCACUCUUUCCCUCAUCAAUGACAGAGUUGUGUGACGAAAGCUGUCACGUGGUAGCAGUUUUUGUGAUUAGGAUGAGUGGCGAUGCGCUUACGUAGCGUAGUCAAGGGGCUUGUACGAAGUUUCUAACUACAAUUCCGGAUGCAUUCCUAAAUGCUUCAGACAACGUGAAAGACAACGAGCAAAAACAGAAGGAUAGGUAAGCACUUAGCAGUUGGGUUGGCCAUGUGUCUUUAUAUAAUUUUUUUGUCAUCUUCUGCGCUGUUUAUAACAUGUCGUAUGAGCACUGGCUCUCCCAAGUUGUCAUUUUCAUAUUCCAAUGUCCAAGACUCCUGAUUGAUGUUCUCGUGGUACGUCUUUCAGGUCAGUUUCGGGACCACUGCUCUUGAGCAUAGCUUACUCUAAUUUCAGUUUAAUGCUUGCUCUCUUUCGCAAGGGCUUUCGAUUGUGACAAGUAUUCUUGUUCUCGCCUUCUACUACUCGUCAGGUAACAGCAGCAGCUUUGCUCAAAGCUGUCUGAACUUCAUUUGCACGUCCUUUCGUCGAUAAGGAAGCAAGAGGUUGUGGUAAGACCAAGUUAUAUAAAGGUGCAAUGGUGGUUUUAGACAUCUGGUUUAAAAAAAAAGACAACUAAGGCUCAUUGUUUGUUCGCUUGUCUUGUAGCCUUCAAGGAAACAUGGGAGACCACCCCGUUAUGAUCGCGCGCCAUUGUUUCUUGUCCCACAAUCCAAGUUUCAUUUUGAAUAAGACAGUUAGCUUUGGCACUGACAUACCAGUUUAAAUUGUUCUUUCUUGCUUUCGCGUUAAUUUUUAUUUUUCAAUUGAGAUCAGCUAUUCCUUCGGAUUAGAUCAACUGUUUUUCGAAUGAGCCAGCUGUUCUACACUCCGCUUUUUUCUAUCCUCAUGAUCCGUGCCAGAAUUUAUGCUGCCAACUUGUCAAAGACCAUAUUUCACAAAGAUAUGACUGGCGACGCGGCACUGACGCUUUGAGUCGCAGAGUGAAUGUGGUGAAUUAAUGUUGCAGAAAACAACCUGUAGCUUAAAAUGCACCGCGAAGGCUAACUGUGGUUUGAUGUGGGGAACUGUAAGGCGCUGUACUUCGAACACUCGUCGUUUUGGUUUUCGCUUGGGUGUGGGUAAUUGUGAACAUGAAGCAACGCCAACCACAUUAUGUACUUGCCAUUCAAGGUUGAUCCUUCAUGGUGCUUGCAGCACGUGAAGGACUGUAUGUCAAUUAGUGUAGCGGUCGCUCCCUUCCCCGGUGCUUGUCUGCGUAUUCUAAUGAAGUCAUACUGCUUGUAGUCUGAAAAUUAGGGCAUUCGAUCAGUACAACCUGUCAUUUUAACGGAAAAUCCUCACUGCCAAAGGUCUGCACUUUGGCAGUUUCAUCUAGGUCAGCAGGCACUAUUAAGCCUCCGUAAGCACAAUGUUGACAGGGACAUUUUGGGACAACACUGGGACAUUUUUUCCAGGGAGGACACAGGCGUUGACGAACGGCAGGAAUCUAUUCCAUCAUUUCUCGCUUUGCGAUUUACUGACUAUACGUACGAAAAAGCCGUAAGAAGUGUAAAUAUUUACGCGUACGCUGACCGCACUGGUCUGAUUACACAAUAACAAUGCCUUAUCUAGCUGCGGUUCUUCCUGAAAGGAAAACCGGCGAAAGCAACUACCCUCAGUCGCGCUAUCUUAUUUGAAGUCGGUCAUUCGCCAUAUUUUCUAGACUUCGUUAAGUUGAUGUACCUACGAUGAUUAUUAUCCUCUUGUAGCAACGCCGUGGACAACAUUUUCACGUGUCAUUUCGAGGAAAGAUGUGGCGAAACUCGUUCAUCAAAGGUCAUUAAUAUUCGUUCCGUAGCACGCAUGCCAGUUACUGGCGUUUUAUAAAUGAAUCAGAAAUGCACUUUAUGCACUACACUUCCAAGAAAUGCACUUUAUGCACUACACUUCCAAGAUGUUGAAUGUAAAAGCAACUACUCCAAAUAAUUUUGCCUAUGAAGCACUAGUAUGCUUCUUUUGUAUGUUAUUCUAGUCGCUUCUUGAAAAACUCUCAUUUUUUUAAUUACAGUGGCAAAUGUGCACCGUUCGGCUUUAACUUUAUUUUGCACCAUGCUCUGUCAUGUACAUCUUUGUGGUAUAUUUCAGUCGAUGACUCUAGGAGGCUAACUAAGGCUUCUAAAUUGAAUUUCUAUGCUUUCUAUGGACCCGGUACUACUGUGGUCUGAAAAAAAAAGAGGGCACUCUUAGAAAUACUCACUGACUCAAUCCAGUAUUUCUACAGUUAAUUUCCACUGCAGUGUCAUGAAGCUUAGAUUUCAGGUGUUAUUUUUUUAUUACUCAGUUUCUCACGUGGAUAUACUUUUUGAUGCAAGACAUUAAAAUAAGGCGUGAGACCAUGGGCGAAGGUCCAGAUGCAAACAACAGCCUGAUGCGCGUUUUUUUUUUUUAUUCGUAACUGGAUUUCGUUUUCUUUACUUGUUCUUUUUUGCGUCUUACAAUGGUUAUACGGGUUCCACUAAGACGGCUACUCAACGCAGUGCGGUCAACUCAAAAGCUACUUUUUAUCCUCCAGUCACGCUACGCUUUUGUAACUUUCCAUUAAACAUAGCCGCGAGUCAUACACGUGCAAACAAGCAGUCGCGCCUGCAAUGAUUUAUGCCUGUAUUUUGGCAAGGAAUUCGCAAACAGAACAUGCUGCUUGACAUUUAACACAAAACAAACAUAUUGAUUCAUUUUGUGGUCGAAAAAGUUGUCUCUCUACCCCAGUGAUUGCGUGAUAUACCGACGCUGUCUGAUGCAAUGUUCAUAAAUGGUUAUUUCUCUUGACGCUUGUAAUUCCCUCUAAAGGAAAGCAUCGAAAAAGCUCAAAUAGUGCGGUGACCUUGUUGCGUUCUUCAACGGCACAUCACACAAUGCAUUGUUAAGUGAAGAUGUCGCGAGAUUUUUAUUGCAGAUAGGGCAAAUUACUGCAAGGAGAGUGAAGUGAUAAUUUCGCGAUUCAUUAGCGCGUGGUCGACUCUGCAAAGUCUCGCUGACUGAACCUGCAAGAAUUUCAAAUGCAUUAUGUCCUCGCUUCUGCGAUGCAGCACUUACAUUGUCUUGUUUCGUUUAUUGCGGUUGGAAUGAAAACACAGGAAGCAAUAUUGUGAGCAAUAUGUGUCUAUAUUUAUCACGUCGACGUCCUGUAAAAUUCACUGCCGUUCAGAAUGGAAACGGUGCCAGCCAUAAUUUAUGCAUGUAACACAUGGCAGUAUGUAAGUUAUGUGCACCAUUUACAUGUAUGGCUGCCAGUUCUUUUUCUUUUUUUUUUAUACAUUGUCGUGUGCUAUGUUUUAGAAUGUAUGGAGCAAAACGGGUAUAAAGAAAAGCUGUAUGCAUUUUAUGCCCUUUUACACCUUUACAACUCAGGGUUGCAUUGUGGUCGUGUAUAACUGCCUUGUAGAUAAAUUUGUACUAAUAAAAUAGCAGUAUU